GUACAGUCUGGAGGAGUGGGCGGUCCUAGGCAGUGACAUCAGAGGAAGCCAGUCCAGGGGAGGAGCCUCUACACCUGUGCAAGACUGAAGGGGAGGAGCCGCUACAGCUGUGCAAGCCUGAAGGGGAGGAGCCAGUACACCUGUGCAAGACUGAAGGGGAGGAGCCAGUACACAUGUGCAAGACUGAAGGGGAGGAGCCAGUACACCUGUGCAAGACUGAAGGGGAGGAGCCAGUACACAUGUCCAAGACUGAAGGGGAGGAGCAGGUACACCUGUGCAAGACUGAAGGGGAGGAGCUGGCACACCUGUGCAAGACUGAAGGGGAGGAGCUAGUACACCUGUGCAAGACAGAAGGGGAGGAGCCAGUAAACCUGUGCAAGACUGAAAGGGAGGAGCCAUUACACUUGUGCAAGAUGGAAGGGGAGGAGCCUAUACACCUGUGCAAGACUAAAGGAGAGGAGCCAGUACACCUGUGCAAGACUGAAGGGGAGGAGUUGGUACACCUGUGCAAGAAUAAAGGGGAGGAGCCAGUACACCUGUGCAAGACU